AUGGUGAAAACAACGAAGCGCCGCGAGGAGUCGGCGACAGCGGUGCAGAAGCAGUCAAAGAAGACGACGAGGGCCACCACCACAGCCGCUGCGAGCUCUGGCGGGCAUUCUCCGUAUAAGAAGCACCAUCACCAACAACAGCAGUCGAGUCCGCAGCAGCAGCAGCAGUCCAAGAAGAGUGAGGCGCUGCGGGCGGCGUUGGCCACCGCGUUCUCCGCUCCCACCACGCGCGUCGACGACGCUUCUGCUGCUGACGAGUACGGGAAGGGCAGCCCAACAGACCGGCUGCAGUUCGGCUACGCACCAGCCAUCGCGGCAGAGGCCGUUGCGUUUCACACCGCCAUACCGGCGAAGAAGUGGGUUGCGGAUCGGCGCAGUCAGGGCCGCAUCACAUUUGUUAAGAAGCAGAAGCUAACGAGGCCCAACUGCGAGCCCAUGACAUCGCUGCUCAAGUUGAAGGAGCACUGGAGGAGCACGGCUCAGUUCGUAGCAGAGGUGCGCGGUGGCGACGUUGGACAGGACACAGCCGACGACCUUCUGGAGAUGCUCGUGUCGCGGCAGCGCGUGGCGUAG